AUGCCGCAUCAAAAGCCAGACAUCGAGGCUACGGACCCCGAUCUAUCGGGCGAAAAUAGCAGCAAGCCUUCCUUGAACGACACACAGUUCACCGAAGAUGCUCGCACGCGACGUGCGUCAGUCGCCAGCGCCAAACGGCAGGCGUCCGUUGCAGCGAAGCUUCGCAACCCCCUUGCUGGGAUGACCGAGCAGGAAGUGCUCCACGAUGUCGAUAUAUGGGUCGAAGAGAAAGGACUCGUAGAGUACCGGGACGAGUUUCAGAAGGGUGCGCUCGUCGCAAGGCUCGGACAGCGCGAAGAUGGAUUCGAAUACGUCACUCAGUUGAACGAUGAAGAGAGGGCCCUGUUGAGACAUGAGAUUACGCAUCGAUGGGAUCACCCGUUCAUGCUCUACUUUUUGGUGGUGUUGUGUGCAGGCUCAGCCAUCGUUCAGGGUAUGGAUCAGACGGCCGUGAACGGUGCGCAGAUUUUUUAUUUCGAAGAGUUUGGCAUUACGAAUGAAUGGCAACAAGGACUUCUCAACGGCGCUCCCUACCUAUGCUCCGCUGCGAUCGGCUGCUGGACCAACGCACCUCUAAACAAAUGGUUUGGUCGUCGUGGCACUAUCUUUAUCUCUUGCUUCAUCUCGUUCGUCACCGGAAUCUGGAUGGCGGCUGCGGACUCCUGGUACAACCUGCUUAUCGCCCGAUUUGCAUUGGGAUUUGCAGUCGGCGCCAAGUCCUCAACCACACCGGUGUAUGCCGCAGAGAGUGCACCAAAGACCAUCCGAGGUGCUCUAACUAUGAUGUGGCAGAUGUGGACAGCCUUUGGUAUCAUGAUAGGCUUCGUCGUCAGCGUGGCAUUCCAGAAUACCGACUUCUUGGGAGAGUUCAGCCAAUGGCGGUGGAUGCUUGGAUCUACAAGUAUCCCGCCUUUCCUAGUUAUGGUACAGGUCUAUUUGUGCCCUGAAUCUCCGCGGUGGUACAUGGAGAAAGGAAAGUACGAUAAAGCUUUUGACGCCCUCUGCCGCCUGAGAAAGCACAAGAUACAGGCUGCUCGCGACAUGUACUACGCUUACAAGCUUCUCGAGGUUGAACAGGCUGAGCGGGAGGGCAAGAACUUGUUCAAGGAGUUCUUCACUGUCAAACGCAACCGCCGCGCCGCACAAUCGUCCUUCUUUGUCAUGUUUAUGCAACAAUUUUGUGGCGUAAAUGUUAUCGCAUAUUACAGUACCUCCAUUUUCGUAGAAGCCGGGUUCUCCCAGAGCAAUGCUCUCCUCGUCUCCUUCGGAACAGGCGUCACCAACUGGCUCUUCGCCAUCCCUGCCAUCUACACCAUCGAUACUUUCGGCCGCCGAAACCUUCUCCUAACCACCUUCCCCCUGAUGGCUCUCUGCCUCCUCUGGUGCGGCAUGUCCUUCUUCCUGCCCAACGACGAGAACGGCGACCCCACCCAAGCCCGGCUGGGCAGCAUCGCUGCCGCAAUUUUCACCUUCAUGGCCGUGUACUCACCCGGCGAAGGCCCCGUCCCCUUCACCUACAGCGCCGAAGCAUUCCCCCUGUAUAUCCGCGACAUCGGCAUGUCCUUCGCCACAGCGACGUGCUGGGGCUUCAAUUUCAUCCUGUCGCUGACCUGGCCGCCGCUCGUGCGGGCGUUUACGCCCCAAGGCGCGUUCGGAUGGUAUGCGGCGUGGAACGUCUUCGGCUGGGUGUACUGCUACUUUUUGCUGCCCGAAACGAAGAAUCUCACGCUUGAGGAGCUGGACAGUGUGUUUAAUGUUGGCAAUCGGGAGUUUUCGAAGUACUACGCUGAAAAGCUGCCGUGGUACAUGCAGAAGCAUGUUUUGAGGAAGGAUGUGCCGCCCAUGGAGCCGCUGUAUCAGUUUGACGGGGAGACGCCUGGCCUGUUUGACGAGAAGGACAGAACGAACAAGGCUGCACCUACCGCUUUGUAGAAGUGAAAUUGAGCGGUCGCACGUAAUGAUGUAAUUUGAGCAUGUCGAGAGAACAAUUUUUAAUUCGGGGAAGGACGAUUUUGACUUCCGAUACAAGUUAUAUACCCCAUUUGUACCUUCAAAUGUCACGGUUUGGUUCACUUUAUAGCCUGCGAGGUCGAUCAAAUGAGACUGUCGUUCCUUCCUUGAGGUCCUGCCUUGAUUUUGACUUUGGACAGCAUACCGUCCACAGGCUUGCAUGUGACCAGAUAUGUCUGCAUAAGUUAGCGCUACGUCUUUCCCUGAUACCACCGAUGAAGCUAAUUACCGAGAACAUUGCCGACUUCGUCUUAUAGCACCCCUUCUUGUCCAGCUGAGGCAACCCCUUCUCAUCCAAAUCCAGCUCCCCCUGUCCAACCUUGA